AUGCCUAUGACCACUCUCCGCUUUCUCAGAAACCUUAUCUGCCAAGGCGAUAUCUUCGAUAAUGACUGUGACGCCGAUAGUCCACUCAUCUGCCACAAUGGCCAGAAUCUACCCCCAUCUUACGACGAUGUCGUCGAUGAAAGGCAACGUUUCAUAACUCCUCCUCCUUCUGCCCCUAUUCCCAUUCCCAUUUCCAUCGUUCCUUCCACACAGAGUGUCAUGGACAUGCUCUAUCCCUCGAGCUCUUCAAGAUCCUUGACAGGUCGUUCCUCUACCUCCUCUCUUUCUUCCACCGCAUCCAGUGAUGUGGACACACCUCCGUAUCCAUCUGCUCGUGCCCCUGUCAUAUCCGAAGCACCUAGUGGCGCGGCGCCCCUAAUGCUUCCCAACAUUCCUUGUGGCCCCUGUGGGGCUGUCGAUCCAGAUGCUUUGCCACCUUACAGUCGCUACGACAUGAACCCACGCGUCAUUGCUGUCAACAUGAUGCUGGUUCACAAUGUCGAAGAUCUAGACUCGGCUUUGAAUCCUCAUUUCGAGCACGCGCCCUAUGUCAGGCAUCCCGUUGUUCCGACGUAUACCUGCAUCUAG